UAUCAAUAUCUGUUAUUAAAAAAUAUUUAUUGAUAGUUAAAUUAAGAUGACAUCAUAUACCUUAAUUUAUCAAGAUAAUCUUUAUGAUACUCCCACUUUGGAACAGUUAAAAAUGUCACUUGAGUCAAAAGAUGAUAACGUAAAAAUUGAUGCAAUGAAAACAAUUUUAGUUAUUAUGUGCAACGGAAAUGAUAUGCCUCAGCUUUUAAUGCAUGUUAUUCGUUUUAUUAUACCAUCUCGGAAUAAAACGUUAAAAAAGCUUCUUUAUUAUUAUUGGGAAAUUUGUUUAAAACAUAGUCCAGAUGGAAAGAUGAAACAGGAAAUGAUUCUUGCUUGUAACGCUAUUCGUGGAGAUCUUCAACAUCCAAAUGAAUAUAUUCGUGGUGUUACAUUACGGUUUAUUUCUAAACUUAGGGAACCAGAUAUUCUUGAACCAUUGCUCCCAGCUACUAGAUCGUGUUUAGAACAUCGUCAUUCUUAUGUUAGAAAAAAUGCCGUUAUAGCGAUAUUUUCUAUUUAUAGCCAUUUCCCAAAUCUUAUUCCUGAUGCACCGGAUUUAAUUCUUAGUUUUCUUGCAGUUGAAACUGAUCAAACAUGUAAACGUAAUGCCUUUAUUAGCUUGUUUGGGAUGGACCAUGAAAUAGCAACGAAAUAUCUCUCUCAACAAUUGAAUACUGUGACUUCUAUGGAUGAAUUGAUGCAGCUUGCUAUUAUUGAAUUCAUCAAAAAAGAUUCAUCCUUAAAUCCUAACAAUAAGAUGCAAUAUCUUCCUCUCGUAUUUGAACUUCUUGAAUCGGGAACAAAUACAAUUGCAUUUGAAGCUGCUACAACUUUAACAUCUCUUACUAACAAUUCUGAUAUUAUUACAGCUAUUGCUCAAAAGUUCAUUGAUCUCAUAGUGAAAGAAGCAGAUAAUAAUGUUAAAUUUAUAAUUUUAGAAAAAAUUGACGACCUGAAAAGGGAAAAUGGUAGUAUUUUGGACGAUCUUGUAAUUAAUGUUCUUUCUAUUUUAACAAAUUCUGAUAUCAAUAUUCGAAAAAAAGUUUUAGAUACCUCCAUGGAAAUGCUUUCCAGUAGAAAUGUUGAAGAUGUAGUGUUGUUAUUAAAAAAAGAAUUAAUUAAAACAGUUAAUCAAGAACAUGAAGAGAAUGAAUAUUUACAAUUAUUAAUUCAUUCGUUAAAUACUUGUACAACUAAAUAUCCACAAGUUUUGGAAAUUGUUGCAGAUGUUUUAAUAGAAUUUAUUGGAAAGUUUAACAACAUUUCUGCUAUAGAUGUUGUAGUAUUUGCUAAAGAAGUAGUUGAGAAAUUUUCCAUAUUUCGUAAAUCAAUUAUAGAAAAAAUAUUAUUGAAAUUAAAUGAAAUAAAAUCUGGAAAAACAUUUUAUGGUAUUUUAUGGAUCAUUGGACAAUAUUGUGUGGAUGAAAAAGAUAUUGAAAAGGCUUGGGAAUAUAUUCGAAAUAGCAUUGGAGAAAUACCUAUUCUUGCUUCUGAACAAAAGCUCGCCGAAGAAACUCAGGAUGAUAUCAAUCAAUAUACACAUAUUAAUAAAGAAUCAAAUCCUUUGUCUGGUUUUCGAAAAGUAUUGCCUGAUGGUACAUAUGCGACAGAAUCAGUUUUGGUAUCUGAAACACGAAUAAUUGAUAGACAUGAAAGCAUGAGAAAUUUCCAUAAAACCAUAUUAAGAUCAUUGAUAUUAGAUGGUGAUUAUUACCUUGCAUCCGUUUUAUCAUCAACUCUUGCUAAACUAAUUAUGCAUUAUUCAGAGGUUUCAAAAAAUACAUCCAAACUCAAUUUCAUGCUUGCGGAAGGUAUGCUUAUAAUGAUUGGAAUUAUUAGAGUAGGCCAGUCAAAAUAUGUUAAAGUGCAUAUUGAUGAAGAUUCUGUUGAUCAAAUUUUAAUUUACCUAAAAAGCUUAAUUGAAUAUCAGAAAAAUUUAACUAUAAAGGAUAUUUUUCUUAAAGAUACUAGAAAUGCUUUUGUUAAACUGUUAUCUAUUGAAGAAAAUAAGAAGAAAAAAUGUGAUACAAUAAAAGAAAAGGAUAUUCUGCAACCUGAUGACGCUAUUACUAUUAGUCUUCUUGCUAGUAAAUCAAAUAUACCGGGAAUAGAUUUGACACAAUUAGAGAUAUCUAAAGCGAUAAAUGGUGAAAUAGAAACAAAUUUAUUUUCAUUAAAUUCUAGAAAAAUUCUUCAACUUACUGGAUUUUCUGAUGCAAUAUAUGCAGAAGCAUAUAUGAAAGUUAAUCAAUUUGAUAUUAUAUUAGAUAUUCUUUUAGUAAACCAAUUAUCAGUAACUUUACAAAAUCUUUCUAUAGAAUUUGCAACAUUAGGAGAUUUAAAAAUUGUUGAGCACCCUUCAAUACAUAAUCUUGCUCCAUAUGAUUUUUUAAAAGUGCAAAUAACUGUUAGGGUUUUAUCUACAGACACUGGUAUUAUAUUUGGAAAUUGUACAUAUGAUGGCGUGGGACCUCAGGAUUCCAAUAUUGUUAUUUUUAAUGAUAUUCAUAUAAAUAUUGCGGAUUAUAUCCGGCCUUCAUAUUGUUCAGAAAGUCUUUUUCGGCGUAUGUGGACAGAAUUUGAAUGGGAAAAUAAAGUAAAUAUAUCAUCAAUAACUAAAAGCUUAAAAGAAUUUUUAAACGAGAUCAUGGCUAAAACGAAUAUGGCAUGUCUUUCCCCAGAUACAUUAUUUAAAGAAGAUUGUGGUUUUCUUAGUGCAAAUUUGUAUGCUAAAAGUGUUUUUGGUGAAGAUGCUUUAAUGAAUGUUAGUAUUGAAAAGCAAGAUAAUGGAUGUAUUGUAGGUCAUAUUAGAAUACGUUCAAAAACACAAGGAAUUGCUUUGUCUAUUGGUGAACUUAUUAAUAAAAAAUCAUAA